AUGUUCUCCAAUAAGAAUCAUUGUUUUUCGUAUUUGGUGUUGCUCGUUUUUGGAAUUACUUUCUUUUUUCUCAUCAUGUACCGAUCAUGGCGCACCGAAGCAAAGGCGAUUUACGCUUUAGAGGAUAUGUUCCUUGGUCCAUUAUACACUGAUUUAAGCACGGAACCUCCUCCCUUACGCAUGUGUUUAGGCAUUUUUUCGCAUGCAAAUAAUGCCGCACGAAGACGUCUGUUGCGUGAGGACUACCAUCGUUACAUUAAGGAAGUAGCUAGUAAAGACAAGAUCGAUGUCAAAUUCGUUUUAGGUGUUCCUAACUCAAAUGAAGGACUGGCUGCUAUUCGUGAAGAACAGCAAUUGUAUGGUGACCUUGAAGUUCUCCCUAUUGGGGAAAACGUGGACCGUGGAAAAAGUAUAGUAUACUUUCAGACAUUUUUGAAGGGAUAUCGGUCAUAUCCCUUGCUUUCCAAAGUUGCCGAUGGCCAUCUCUUAAAAGAUAUACAGUACGAGCAUGAAGGCCAGGGAGGUUUUGUUUACAAUGAAACAGUUGUUACACAUGAACUUCCAGGGAUGAAGGAGUUUCGCGACUUAGGUGUGGCACGAGAUGAAUAUGAUUUUAUAGCGAAAGUUGAUGAUGAUGCGUACGUCAACUUACCCUUGAUGCUCUCAGAGCUUCGUCCUCACAUUGGUAAGGAAGAAUUUUACUUUGGAAGAGAUUGUGCUCGCAAAGAAUUACCAACGUCUGUCCGCGAGUUUCCAUACAUGUGCGGUUUUGCUUAUGUUGUCUCACCAGACAUAGCCUAUCGCAUUGCUAGUCAGCGUAAACUUUUUUUUCCUUGGGAAGAUGCUCAAACUGGUUUUAAUAUUAACAGAAAUUCUGGUAAUGUCAAAAAUAUAAAAUUUACCAGAUACAAUUUGUAUGAUAUGGUUUUGCCCAACGAAGGUUAUAAUCCUCGACAGGCUUUUCUUCGUUUUGAUGCCCUUGUCAUUCACAAGCUCAAAACUGAGAAGCUUUUAGCUUCUGUAAUUGAGUGGUACCGAAAAAUGUACGAGCAUCGUGCUUACUGUCAAACUCUGCCCGAUGAUGAAAAACGGUUAUGUAUGAAGGCUUCUUAUCCUUCGGUUGCUAUCGAGGAGAACCCUUAA